CCCCCUCGUGCGCCGAGACGUGAGGACGCCGGCGUCGUAGGCUGAGGUGGCAGCUGUCCCGCAGUCAUGGAGCUGCCGCAGAUGCCGGAGCUGAUGGGGCUGUCCCUCCUAGUGGGGCUGCUGGCCCUGGUGGCCACGGCGGCUGUGGCUCGGGGCUGGCUGCGGGCCGAGGAGAAGCCCAGCCAGCCGGUCUGUCAGAAAGAAAACGAAUCCAAGAAGUCAGGAUCCAAGAAGCAGAAACAGAAUCAGCGGGUUCGUAAAGAGAAGCCUCAGCAGCACAACUUCACGCACCCACUUCUGGCCGCAGCACUGAAGAGCCACAGUGGAAAUAUAUCUUGCAUGGACUUCAGUAGCAACGGCAAGUAUCUGGCUACCUGUGCAGAUGACCGCACUGUCCGUAUCUGGAGCACCAAAGAUUUCCUUCAGCGGGAACACCGCAGCAUGAGAGCCAAUGUGGAGCUGGACCAUGCCACCUUGGUGCGCUUCAGCCCUGACUGCAGAGCCUUUGUUGUUUGGCUGGCCAACGGGGACACUCUCCGUGUUUUUAAGAUGACCAAGAAAGAAGAUGGGGGCUUUGCGUUCACAGCCACCCCAGAGGAUUUCCCUAAAAAACACAAGGCACCCAUUAUCAACAUCGGCAUUGCUGACACAGGGAAGUUCAUCAUGACCGCUUCCAGUGACACGACUGUCCUCAUAUGGAAUCUGAAAGGGCAGGUGCUGUCCACAAUCAACACCAACCAGAUGAACAAUAGUCACGCUGUUAUCUCCCCAUGUAGCAGGUUUGUGGGUUCAUGUGGCUUCACCCCAGAUGUGAAGGUCUGGGAGGUCUGCUUCGGGAAGAAAGGAGAGUUCCAGGAGGUGCUACGAGCCUUUGAACUGAAGGGUCACUCUGCAUCUGUCCACUCUUUCGCUUUCUCCAAUGACUCUCGUAGGAUGGCCUCUGUCUCCAAGGAUGGCACAUGGAAGCUAUGGGACACGGAUGUGGAAUACAAGAAGCAGCAGGACCCCUAUUUGCUACGGACAGGCCGCUUUGAAGAGGCAAGCACCAUGGCUUGCCGCCUGGCACUCUCCCCUGACACCCAUGUCCUGGCUUUGGCCACUGGUACCAAUAUUCAUCUCUUCAACACGCGACGCGGGGAGAAGGAGGAAUACUUCGAGGGUGUCCAUGGGGAGUGUAUUGCUGACUUGACUUUUGACAUCACUGGCCGCUUCCUGGCCUCCUGUGGGGACCGUGCAGUGCGGCUCUUCCACAACACCCCUGGCCACCGGGCUGUAGUGGAGGAGAUGCAGGGCCUCCUGAAGCGGGCAUCCAGUGAAAGCACCCGCCAGAGGCUGCAACAACAGCUGACCCAGGCCCAAGAGGCCCUAAAGAGCCUGGGUGCCCUGAAGAAGUGACUCUGGCUCUGGAUGGGUUUGGCUGCCUGCCCUAGCAGCUGCUGCUUCCCAGGUCCUCCUCGGAUGGAGACCUGGAGGAACCUCCCAGUUUUCCUGGUGGCCCCUACUUUUUCCUAUUGAAACUAUUCUUGCAUACUCAUAUCUUUCUCUCCCUGUCUCUCUCUUCUUGUUUGACUCUUCCCAGACUGAAAGGUUGCUGUUUUCUCACAGGCCCUAGGGGUAGAAUCUGUCUUCACCUAGCACUGAGAAGAGAAGGAGAGAGAAGACAGACAGAACAAAGCCUUUGAUGCUUUGGCAAAAGACCCUGACAUCCAAAGAAGUUUGUCAGUGUAGAGGUAAAACCCAAGGGUCUGCAGGGACAAGUUGCUGUUUUUAUGAGAGUUCAGAAGUUUUAUGAAGUUCAGAGAGUUAUGAGUGUUUUAUAAUGCUGCACGAUGAGCCUCUGUCUGGACCAGGCUCCUGAUAGCAGCAGGAGUAAUUAAGAACUGGUCUUUGUUGGCAUUGGUCUGUAAUCUCAGCACUCUAGAGGCAAAAGCAAGAGGAUUAGGGGUUCAAGGCCAGCUAGGACUACAUAGUGAAUUCUAGGUCCUCCUGGGCUCCAUAUGGAGAGAAACCUUGAGGAGAUUGUUUUUCCCUGGGCUUCCGUUUUCUUAUUUGUAAAAUGGGGAACGAUGCUCUCUGUGGCCUUUCUGCACAGAUGCUGUGAGGCUAAGAGUGUUGACAGUGUUCUCACGAAUGGAGCAUACCAGUGCUGUCCAGUGUCAUUACUACCAGAUAAACAUGGGACGCAAACGGUGCUCUGCACGUAAACUAGAAAGACCCACAGCCCUUGUGAAGGCCGAGCUUCCUAGGGCUCUGCUUGCUCAAUCAUCUUGAUAAAUAUGGUGGUUUGGGUCACGUGCCUUGAGAAGUAAUGCCAUCUCAAGAUGCUGCUCCUCUCUCUUGGAGACUUCUUGAACUCAUCACUUCAGUGCCUGCUUCAUGGGACUAGCUGGUGAUGCUGGCUAACACAGACAAGACUAGGCCUGCUGCCAAGGGUAAAAGCUGGUGGGAGGACUUAGAGGCUGGUGUCUGUGACGUGCUUUUUGUUCAUUUACAGCUGCAGGGGAGGUUGUAGACAUGAGGCUUGAUCUUAGUGAAUCCAGGACAAUAAUGGGGAAGGAAUGGAAUCCACCCACUGAGAGACUGGGUCUCAGCCGUAUACAUUUGAAGGCUGCUUGGAUCCAAGGGGUGAGGAAUAUGUCAGGAAUCUAGGAAGGCUUGAAUCUAGCAAAGAGUACCCAUCCCUCCCCCGCUUAGUUUUGAUCUCAGGCCUCUUCCUGCGGUCCUCAAUGCUACAGGAUGUUUGGAACAAGGCACAACCCUGAAGUUGACCUUGAUGGCUCCCUUGUCACCCUCUCCUUCCACCACCACUGCUACAUCUAGAUGGCCUCAGCAUCUGCUGCCUCUCCCACUUCUGUUACCCUCCCGGUCUUAGUCACUGUCCAGUACUAUAUGCAUAGUACUUGUGUUUCCAACCAUAUCGCUUCAAGUCACUUUUCUACAUAGUUUAGCCAGCUUUGGGGAAACAAAAAUGGUGUUUGGGAUCAAGCCAUUCCCCAAAGGCUUUCUUCCCUCUACUCUUGGAAUGAAACCCCAAACUCUCCUUGUGGCCUGCAUAGUGUCGUGAAGUUUAGCCGCUCCUGUGAUCUUUCUUUGCGGUGGUCCAACCCACCCCAUCCUUCCUGUUCUUUACUAACCCAGGCAGUUGGCAGGCUCCAGGUACAGGCUGGUCCCUCUUGUGUGCUGCAAGCAUUUUUCCUUUCUGUUGGCAGACUUGUCAAUGCGAUUCAGUCCUUGUAACUUUCACUCAAAAACAGUUGCUGCCUCAUCCACACCCUCCGAAGUAGCCCUUUCCACCAAUCCUGUCCUGCCUGGUGCCCUGAUGGUUUUCCUUCUUUUGUAUGACUUGGUGCUUUCUGAAACCAUCUUGUCUGACUAUGUGUUUGCUCCAGUGUCCGUGACAAGGGCAGUCGAGUGGGGAGCAGGAGUGGGAAUUAGGCCUGUUACCUGGUCGUGAGAUGGGGAUAGAGACUGCACUAGGCUGGUGGCCAUGUGUCCUAGAUGCACAGUGUGUGGGAGCUGCUUCUUACUGUUAGGAAUCCCGCAAAAGUUGCCAGUUUGAGAGAAGUUAGAUGUUGGCACCUUACUCUGUACGGAGGCACUAUUGUGAACUGUACCAAAGCUUGAUGGAGGAUGACACAGCCCAUCAGUCUCACUGGCACUUAAGGAGUCCUCCUUGCCUUUCCUUUUGCUGUCCUGGGAAUGGAACCCAGGGCCGGGCAGGGUAGACAGAUAGCUCUGCUGCUGAGCUCUGCUUGAACCCCUCACUAGGAGACGCUAGCCAGGCUCCCUGCCCAGCCACAGCCCCAGCCCUCUGGGCAGAUGCUUUGCCACUGAGCCUCUAGCACCAGUUUGUGAAAUUGAUGAAGAUUGAUUGUGAAAUUGAUGAACAGACUCGUUGGUGUGCCUUGCUCUGGGUCCCAAGUCAACUAGCCAGGACAAAGUAAGCUCUCAAUAAAUGGAGCUCAGACUAGAAGUAGUGACAAAACUUUUAAUAUAUUUUUUUUUGCACCCCACCCUCUAUGGUGGAUUCAGGCUUCUAAUGAGAUCAGCCUUACUGAGGGCCUGGUGGUCACACACAGAUUUGGGCUUCUGAAUACACGGCUCUGCCUCAGGCUUCUGUGUGCGUGUGGGGGUCUGAUGGGUAUCUGCUCUGGUUGUCAGAAGCAGCUGAGAAUGCUUUCACGUUUUCUGCCUUUAUGUUUUAAAAAGUAACUAGCAUUGUGGUUGCAAAGAGAAGGUAGUGAGCCCAAGAGUGCUGAGCUGCUUGCAGUCACAAGUCUGCUCCCUAAUCGGCCAAGUCCCUGGCCAUCACAGGCUACCAGAGUCAGUCUCCUCAUCUGUAAAAUGGGAAUAAAUGUUGUUCUGCCUA